GGUAGUUUCCCCUUUUCUCGCCAAGGGGAAGAAGAGUGGGAGAGAGAGAGAGAGAGAGAGAGAGAGAGAGAGUUCGACAGUACUGGUGGCGAUGGGUCGUGGAAAGAUAGAGAUCAAGAAGAUCGAGAACCCGACGAACCGCCAAGUAACCUUCUCCAAGAGGCGGGGAGGGCUGCUCAAGAAGGCCAAUGAGCUUGCGGUCCUCUGUGAUGCACAGGUGGGGGUCAUCAUCUUCUCCAGCAGUGGAAAGAUGUUUGAGUACUGCAGUCCACAUUCGAGUAUGAGGCAAAUCAUGGAUAGCUACCAGAGAGUCACAAACACUCACUUUGAGGAGAUUAAUACUCAUCAGCAAAUAUUUUACGAGAUAGCGAGGAUAAAGGAUGAGAAGGAUAAGCUGCAGGAAAGCAUGAAGCAGUAUGUCGGCGAGAACUUGACUUGUUUAACUUUGAAUGAGCUGAAUCAACUCGAAGAACAGCUCGAAUCCUCCGUAAACAAGGUCAGAGUAAGGAAGCACCAGCUGCUGCACCAGCAACUGGACAAUCUACGUCGCAAGGAGCACAUCUUAGAGGAUCAAAACAGCUACCUAUGCCGCAUCCUGUCGGAGCACCAGGCAGAGCUGGAACACACGCAGGCUGCCAUGGAGCACAAGGUGGGUGAUGUGCCGAUGCUGGAACACUUGGAAAACUACUACUCCGGGGAGCCAUCAGAGAGCUUGCUGCAGCUUUCACCUCAAACGCAUGCUUUCCGGCUGCAGCCAACACAGCCCAACCUGCAGGAGGACAGCCUCCAGGGCCAUAACCUGCAGCUCUGGUCUUGACUUUCUACAUGGACUUCAACAGAUUCCAAACUCCAAGAGAAGAAACAAGCAGCAGGAAAAGAGAAAGGAUACCGAGUCAUCACACUACUGAAAACAACUCAUUUUUAGAUUAAUAUACUUCUUCUUUUCUAUAUAUCUGUAGGAAAUGAUGUUUGCAAGCAUGCUUCCAUGGACAGUUUAGGCAUCUUUGAUGUUGUUAUGUGUCUGUGUGGCUAUCUAUCCAUAUAUGUGAGAUGUCAUCCAGUUAAAUACAGUUGGGUCAUAUACGUGAUGCCAUCAAAUAUGAUGGCAUGUUGUAUGGCGUUUAGUAGGCUAAAUAGAGUUGUGCGUGCUAAUCCAACUAUUUUAAUGG